UCGUGAUAACUGGUUUCAGUUCCAUUAGAAUUUUAUUAUUAUUUUUGUCGUUUUUUGUGUAAAGAAAUUCGAAAAACGAUGCGAUUUCUAAUUUCUUUUCUGCUUUUUGCGAGUUUUUCGACGUUCGACGCUCAAAUCACGGGCAGCAGUUGUUACACGUACUACAAAGAGUCCGGGCAAUGUGUCAGCGUGAGAAAAUGCAAAACAAUCUGGAAAUUAAUUCUGGAAGCACCUCGUCCCUUACCGGAACGCCUCACAGAAUACAUCAGAAAUAGCCAAUGUGGUAAUCCGCAGGAUCAAAGCAUUUGUUGUCGCCCGCAGGACAUCGAAGGAAACGAACCAGUGAACCCACAGCCGAGCGUUAAUCGAAAUACAGGCUCUAACGGCAUCUCGAAUCAUCGAAAUUUACGACUUUUGGAUCUGGUGAAUUGUGGAAGUGCAACGGGCGAUCGAAUUUCGAAUGGAAAUCAAACGUCUCUCUUCGAAUUUCCAUGGAGUGCCCUCUUGGGAUACGAAAACACCUUUGGCGACGUCGAAUAUCGAUGCGGUGGAACACUAAUAACGUCAAAAACAGUCCUUACUGCUGCCCAUUGCAUCCGAGAUGGACAUCAAAGUCGCUUGACAACUGUCCGAUUGGGCGAAUAUGACACAAGUACACAGCAAGAUUGUCAAUCAAAUGCUCGGGAUAGCGUUUGUGCGCCGCCCGUGCAAGAAAUUCCCAUUCGUUCAACGCUUAUCCAUCCAGACUACGAUAAAAAUCGGUAUUUAAACGAUAUUGCUUUGGUUCGACUUCAAUAUAGUGCCGAUACUUCAGAUUUCGCGGUGAAAACGAUUUGUCUUCCAAUUACGCAGCAACUUUUACGAAGUAACCCGCAGUCGUUUGUCGUAACGGGAUGGGGAGCCACAGAACAAGGCAGAAAAUCCGAUGUUUUGUUGAAAGCAAAAGUUUCGUUGCAUCCUCAUGAUCGAUGUCAAGAAGCCAUUAGUCGAUUAAGUAAACGAGUUCAAAUAACAGAAGCUCAUUUAUGUGCUGUAGGCGUAGGAAAUAACGUCGAUACUUGCUCCGGAGACUCUGGAGGCCCCAUUCAAGUUGCCGCAAACUUCAAUAACGAUGUGCGGAUCGUGCAAUAUGGCAUCAUUAGCUUCGGACCGAAUUCCUGUGGCAAUAGCGGAACAUAUCCCGGAGUCUACACGAAUUUAAGACACUUUCUUACGUGGGUAUUGGACAACAUCUCGUAGGGAAAUUUCCUGUUUUGAAACGAGAGAUUACUCAAAAUGAGUAAAUAUUGUGUGAUGAUGUGAUAAUGAGUCGUUGUUGAGUUAAAGGUCAAACAAUUACGAGAUGUACUUGGAUUUCCCCUAUCAUUUAAGUGUAAAAAAUAGAAUUACAGAAAUUAUUGUAGAAAAAAAAUAUAAAAAAAAAUAUUUACAACGAAUUACAAAAAAAAACUUUUUUUUUUCGACUUAUA